AUGCCUCUCAAGAACCUCAUUACUACAGAUGAUAUGAUUAUCGAGUGCACCGGGCGUAAGCUGUUGGACAUCAUUAUCAUCUCCGAAGUUUCACGCUCAAAUGCACCUGAGAAAAUGAAACAAUUCCAACAAUUAUUGCUGACAUCCAUAAACAUAAGCCGGGACAGUAAUGCUGUUGCUUUGAUGGAGUUUUCCGAAACCCCCAGAGUACUUCUUACUUUCGACUCGCCUUCUUCAGUAAGGAAAGCAGAUGUCUUGUCAAUGAUAAACCAGCAACAAUAUGAAAACGGACCUUCUACCGAACUUGCAGACGCCCUUGAUGUGGCAGUAACUGAUGUUUUCUCUGCACAGAAGGGCGACCGGGCAGAUACUGACAACAUAGUGAUCGUGUUCACUGAUGGCUUGAUUUACAAGUCAGAGAAGAAAGAUGUGUCUGAUGUUAUUCGUGAGCUUUCCGCAAAAGCAGAAGUAUUUGUUGUUGCAAGCAAGGAGGUUAAUUCCGCUUUUCGGGAAAUUGCUUCGGAACCGAAGGAUGCCCACAUCUUCCAUCUUGAUGGUCAAGUAACGAAAAUUAAAGAGAAGACUAUGGAAUGUUCUAUGAUGUCUAGUAUUAAAUGGAGAAAUGAAAAGAUCAUGAACUAG